GUAUAAAUACUGGGGGUCUGGGCGGAGAACAGCAUCAGUCAGCGCACUACCAGUCCUCGAGAACACUCGUCUCCUCCAAAUCCCAACCAAAAUCAAAAUGAAAUUCCUCGUCUGCUUGGCCCUCUUCAUCGCCGCCGCCCAGGCCCACGUUGUGGCUCCAGUGACCACCUACGCCGCUGCUCCGGCCCUGACCUACGCCGCCGCCGCUCCAGUGACCACCUACGCCGCCGCCCUGCCCCGCGCCUACUCCGCCUACGCCGCUCCCUCCGUCUACUCCGCCCCCUCGGUCUACUCCGCCUCCUACGUGGCGCCCUCCGUCUACUCGGCCUACGCCGCCCCUGUCGUCUCCACCCUGCUGAAGAAGUAGAUGUCCUGGAUCAAUCGCAGCAGUGUCCGCCUUGUCAACGAUUCCCGAUGCCGAGAAACUAAAAAUAUGUCUGGUCCGAGGCCAGUACAAUAAAAACUACUAAACACCA